GACAAAUAUUUUUCUUUAACAGGAAGCCUCCAGAAAUCAAUGAUGGUGCAGGAUUUGGGCGACCUGGCUAUGGAGGAAAGCUGGGAGGUUAUGCCUAGGGCCCCUUUGCGGGUCUGCUUCCGGUCUCCCUACAGGUGGUAUCAUAAGAAGAAGCAAGUGUUGGACCUGGAGGAGGAGGGUUUCUGGCCUGAACUCCUGGAUAGUGGCAAGAUUGAGAUUUGUUUCUCUGACUGGUGGACAGCCCAACAAGACAUUAACUCUAUAUAUCGGCUAACCAUCCAACUUCUAGAUGCCAACCAGGCCAUUCUGGAUCAAUUUUCUACUACUCUUUUCCCCAUCCGGAACAGGAGACACACUUCCUUCCUUGAGAGGCUUUAUCGCUGCCUUCUGGGAAGCCUUCUCCUCCUCUCUGACUGCAGCCUCGUCCCUAUGGCUGAGAGAAUUCCCUCCUCCUCGGGUGGUGGACUUAACCUCCUGAGGUUUCAAGACUGGGACCAGGACUCACAGCUGAAAGUCAACUACCUCAAAACAAGUUUGGAGUUUGACGUUUCUGCCUACUCUGUGAAAAAUGAAGUGGUCCCCUGA